AUGUCGGCGGCGGGUGAGAACGGUAGCGUCCGGCAGCGGCGGCAGUCCUCUUCCGCUCGGAAUCCGGAGGAGCCGGAAGAUCCGCCCCGGUUCCGAGCGGUCCCGUUGCGAGUGUUCGGACUGUGGCGAGAGGUGCAGAGCAAGACGCGCGACGGACGAAUUUACUACUACAAUCGGGUCACCGAGGUGGGCAAAAGGAGCGAAUUGUGCUGUAUAUUUGAGCCGGAUUGUCAAAAAAAAAUUGGGUUUUCUAAUCCAUUUAAACUAAAAAUCUGUUUCUUUUUGAAAAUUAACUGAACAAUUGGCGAACUCAAAUCAUUUUCUUCGAAGAAGCACUUGGGAAAAACGGAAAAUCAAUUCAAUCGAAGAAAUACUGAAAAGAUUCUGCGAUUUACAUUUAAAUCCUUCGAACGUUCACUGUUUUUGGAAAAAUCGAUACAAAGCGCAGGGAGAUCCGUGAGCAACAAACAAAUUCGGUUUUUCAGCAGUCGACGUGGCCGAAACCGCCCGAAUGGGUGACAUUCGACGAGGAACAGACGCGGUGGGAAGCGGAGAGACGCGCCCGAAUCAGUCUGAGUGCCGAACAACAGGCCAGGGUACGCUUUAACACAUUUUACAGGUUUUACGAGAAAAAUGUUCAUCACUUGAUAAAUGCCCAAGAAAAUGAAAAAUUGUCGUGUUCAGGCGCUGCUCUCGGAGCCAGAAGAAGCUCGUCCCGUCGCCGCCUCCUAA